CAUUGCCCCAUCUCAACGCUAUGCGCUUUUAAAAAUCCAUUACCGAUACAUUCUUAGAGAUUCAUCUACAGAAGACAUGAGACCAGCUAGUACUGUACACAUCGUCUUGCUGGUCAUCUUGUUUGUUAUCAUGGUUCAAGGACAAGUCAUCAAUAAAAGUAAUGGAAGGUUAAAUAAGAAUAUAAUAAGCGUUGCUUGCCGUAAGAAUCCAGGUUUCGAGCAAGUAUUUUACGAAAGUGCUAGAAUGUGUCUCUUUUGGUCAAACGACACCAAGACUUUUGCUGAUGCCAAAGCAGAUUGUAAAGCUAGAGGAGCGAGACUUGGAGUCUUCAAAGGUGCUGACAAAAUGGCGCUUCUGACAAGUCAGUUCAGCAUUUGGUCAAGAGACAUUUGGAUAGGACUAGAUGAUAUACAAAAUGAGGGCACCUUUGUGUGGCAUGAUGGAACAGUCCUUGAUAAGAAGGACUAUUACCCACUUUAUUUUGAUAUAAAAAACCCGAAUGACUAUGAAAACAACCAAGAUUGUGUCCAACUUUGGAAUGAAAGUAGCAAAAUGGACGAUGAUAUGUGUUAUGUGGCCAAGCAUUAUGUCUGCGAAAAAGUACAAUAAUGAGCUGAUGAAAAUGUAUAUAUAAAUAUCAAUGAUUGAAAUAAAAAGUAAAUGUAUGAUG